GUUAUUUUAGCUGGGUAAUAAACCACAAAAUAAACCUCAUAAUCUUUUUAUAAAUCGUACAAACUAGUCAAAAAGCUAAAUAGGCAUAGUAGGAUCACUGACCAAAAUUUCUAUAGAUUUAACGUGAACAUCUUGACCGAGGUUAUUGCUGGUGCGUCUAUAAGUAAAUAACGGGUAGAUUGAUUUCAGAAUGCAGAGGAUCCAAAUUAAACAUUAAACCCUUUUUUUAGCGUGCACACAAAUGAAUCUCUUAAUUGGGAGCAGACCCCCAAGGCCUCAAACUCUCUUUUCUUGCUUGGUGUUUCUUCUCUUAUUUUCUGUGAGCAUUUCUUCUUCGGCUGCGUCUUCAAAUGAUGAAGGCCACGGCCUGCUGACAUGGAAGUCUACGUUCCAGAACAACAAUAACAUCUCACUCCUAGUUUCAUGGAAACCUUCGCAAAAUGGUAGCCGCCCCUGCGAAGAUAACUGGUUUGGAAUUCAAUGUGUUAAUGGACGUGUCAACAGGUUGAACUUGUCGGGGUCAGGAAUCAAAGGUACUCUCAAGAGCUUCCCCUUUGAAUCCCUCCCAAAUCUCGAAUACUUCGAAAUCAGUUUAAAUCACUUCUCAGGAAACAUUCCGCCCCAAAUUGGCAACCUGUCCAAACUCAUCUAUCUUGACAUGUCAAUCAAUCAUUUGAGUGGAACAAUCCCUCCUCAAAUUGGCCUUUUAAACAGACUUCAAACCCUUCAUCUCUUUGAAAAUUCUUUAAGUGGUCAGAUUCCAGAUGAAAUCGGCAACUUGACUUCUCUUGUUGAGCUUGCUUUGUAUCUUAAUAACCUAGACGGAGCAACACCUGCUACGCUUGGCAAGUUGAAGAACUUGAACUCUUUGUAUCUCUAUGAAAACUCUCUUUCUGGAGCUAUUCCUCCUGAGCUCGGCAAACUUGCCAAUCUUUCUCUUCUUGACAUGGACACUAACAAGCUAGAGGGGCCCAUCCCCCCGGAGCUCGGAAACCUCUCACAACUACAGGUGCUGUAUAUGUUCGACAAUAAUUUGAACGGUCAAAUCCCAUCUUCGUUAGGACGACUAAAUUCACUCUUGGAACUCAGCUUGUUCGGGAAUAAUUUGACCGGUCCAAUCCCAUCUUCGUUGGGUCAACUCGAGAACCUCUCCCUCCUCCACCUUUAUGACAACAACCUGAGCGGCGCCAUACCACUAGAGUUUGGAAAUCUAACGAACCUCAAGGAUCUUGCAGUGAGCAACAAUCAGCUCACCGGCGAAAUCCCAACUUCCUUUGCCAAACUAAAGAAUUUGGAAGUUCUGUUUCUCCGGGUUAACUAUCUUUCCGGUCCCAUUCCACGUGAAGUCUUUGGUGCACUGCAAAAACUGACCACUCUUGAAUUGGAUACCAACCAAUUCAGUGGAACAAUACCAGAUACCAUUUGCAAUGGUGGGAAAAUUGAGUAUCUCUCGUUGAGUAACAACAAACUCUCAGGGCCUAUUCCAACCAGCUUGCAAAACUGUUCGAGCUUAUUCCGUUUUCGUUUGGACAACAAUCGGCUCACAGGAAAUCUCUCUGGCUUGUUUGGCAUCUAUACCAACUUGACGUAUUUCAACGUGAGCCACAACCUACUUAAUGGAGAACUUCCUCAGCUUCCCCACCCGGAAUCUUUCAAGUCUUUAAGCGUUUUGGAUUUGUCAUACAAUAACUUCACCGGAGAAAUACCCUCAUCUCUGGGAAAUUUACCGAACCUGACCUCCCUGAACAUGAGCCACAACUCUCUCAAUGGAAAAAUCCCAUCUUCCUUCGGAAAUAUUUUGAAUUGGUUUCGGGUUGACUUCUCGUACAACAACCUAACAUGUGAGAUUCCGAACACGGCAGCUUUCAGGAAUGCCACGCUCACGGGAAAUAAUAAAUGUUUGUGUGGGCUUAAUGAUGAUAAAAGCAUCCAUACUUGUGGCGGUAACAAUACGAAGGGUUGCAACUCUUGUUAUAACUAAUAAUUAUAAAGCUGGCCAACGUACAACGAACAAUAUUACUAUAUUUUGCUUAAUUAUUACAUUUGUAUGUGAUCGAUCUUAUGUGCUAAGUUUUUAUAUUAUGUGCAGUGUGCACCAUAAUAUUCGCAGUACUUCAUGUCGUGUACGCCAUCUUUUUCUUUUAAUUUGGGCAAUAACUUGGGCUAUAUAUACAGAUAUGGCUCAUUCACUGUUUUCUCUCAAGUCAAGAUCAGAAAUUGGCAUUGGAGUGUGUUUUAUACUACAUAUAUUUCAUUAUUG